AUGGGUUUAUAUAGAACCUCGGCGAUAAAGCUAGGUAAGGAGUGAUAUGCUCAACUAACAUCUAGUUUUUGACAGAUUUCAAAUUCUGACGAUUCAAACAUUUCAUUACACUACUCUACACCCUUUAACACAUACAUAUCAUAGUCUAAUCAUGAACGGCAUUAAAGGGGAUGAGAAUGAAGCUAAAAUGCUGAAAGGAGAGCUUUAUUAUGCGUUUGUACCAAAGCUCGUCGAAAAGCGGAAUAGGUGAGGGACAAUGUGACUAGAAUCACCCAUAUAUACUCUACCCACUAAACAUGUCCUCCCCCCGAUUGCCGCUAAUGCUUGUCCUUCUAUAAGAUGUCAUAAUGCUUGCAAAAAAUUCAACAGUGCAGGUGAUGCCUCAAGACGGAAGCUGGUAGAGAUGUGGAAAGAGUAAGCAUCUGCUUCUAGUUGUAUGGCGGCCCAGAGCCUAACACCUAUCAGCAUCAUCGACGACAAAACUCCGCUUCCUCCAGCUGGAGCGACAGACGAGGAAGAGUUCCGUAUCCUAGGAGAUGAACCAUAUAUUGAUGGUCCAAUCAAUGUAGACUAUGGAAUAAAUCUCAGGUAUCUCGCAAACAGUAAACCACAUUUCGGGAAAAUGCUCAUCUUCCACAGGCUCGGCAAAGGAGUUUACAUCAACUUCAAUUGCGUAUUUCUCGACACCUGUCUGAUCACCAUAGGAGCUCGUACUCUAAUCGGCCCAAGCUGUUCAUUCUACGCUGCCACGCAUCCAUUAGACCCUUUCCUUCGUGAUGGUACCAAUGGCCCAGAGCUUGGCGCGCCCAUAACCAUUGGCGAAGACUGUGUACGUAUUGUGACAAUAUUUGACUGGAUAUCCGCAUCUUUUAUCAAUUAUCCCCUAUCUUCUAAUCGCUUGAUAUGUAUCAUGGACGCUAACACUUUCCCAGUGGUUUGGGGGUAGCGUCACAGUGUGCCCAGGAGUAACCAUCGGUCGAGGUUGUACCAUUGGUGCUGGAAGCGUCGUGACAAAAGAUGUUCCCGAUUUCCACGUUGCAGCUGGUAAUCCAGCAAGGCUAAUCAGAAAAAUAGAGCCAAAAGGACCAGAUCCAAAUUCGAAGUCCUGAAAGCUCAGAGAUGGAUGCCAGUCCAAAUCAUUCUUACUUUACAAUCCAGAUGAUAAAUGCAUCAGCAGCAAGUGAUAGCUCAUAGACCACCUUGUAUUGAGAACGAAGAUAAUAUCAA